AUGGCUUCAUUACAAUCAGCAACGCGGCCGCUAGGCUGCUGGAACUCUAUAUGUCGGGAGCUGGGAAAACUUCAAUCGCACCGACGAUUCCUUACAACGGUGUAUUCUGUUCCAAAGCAGCGCCUCCCGUUCCCCGAAAACCUCCCUAAACAAUUCCAGUCGCAACUCCCAAAGGCUUUCAAACCAGGAAAAGGCAAGUCGUUCCCAAUCGCGAAUCAAAUAAAGAUCUUCCCUCCUCCGCCUUCCACACGUGCUGCCUGUAAAGAGCCGAUUGUCGCCUUUACCAAGGAUCAGCUGGCUAUUCUAGACCCAACCGGCGAAAGACAGAAACUCUUCAACAAGAGAAACCGACAGGGCGCUAAAGUUGGCGAUAUCCUCCGGGUGUCUUUCAAGUCCGGCGAUCCGUUUGCGGGCGUCUGCCUCAAUAUCCGCCAGCGGGGAGUGGACACUGCAUUCCUGCUGCGAAACCAGUUGACUCGAGUCGCGUGUGAGAUGUGGAUUAAAGUAUACAGCCCCAAUGUGCAAGCUGUGGAAAUAGUGAAACGAGCGGAGAAGAGGAAGAGACGUGCAAGAUUGACAUAUAUGAGAAAACCGGAGCAUGACUUUGGAACUGUCGAAGGGAUUGUUCAAAAGUACCUCAAGGAGAGGGCUAUUCUAAGCGGUGAAAGAGGGCCAAAGAAACAAAAGUCAUAG